GUUCCAAUGAAAGUGCAAGUAUGUGACUACUAAGUAAACCUACCAAUUUCUAAUUUUAAAUAUAUACCUCAAAAGCAAUGUAGGCAGCAUUAUAUCCUUCCCUAUUUGUUUCCUAUCAACAAAUUAAGAUUUUCUCUUUCCCCUUUUGGAAAUCAAGAAAAUUUUUGCAUAUUCUACUAGCAAGAAGCUCAAAAAGGUCUUUCUUUCCCAUGGAAUCACAAAGGGAAGAACAAAGUCUCUUUAAGGCUUCUGCUAUAUUUUCUGCAGCAGAGGCCUCUCCUCCAUUGCUGAACUCAAAUGAGAAUGGACAAGAACUACUUGUUAAAGAGGAAGAAGAAGAAGAGGAAGCAGUGAAAGAUCAACCACAAGAUCAACAAGAGGCUAAUCCUUGUCUCCAGUUGAAUCCAAAGCUGACUAGAAGUGAUACCAAUCAUGGGUUCGAUCGAGAACUCAACCUUAUCGAUUGCUUAAAUAUGGAUUCAUUUAAACCUUCAUCAGAAACUCCUCAAGCAGCAAAUCAUGAUGUUGAACAAAGAGUCUUCUCAUGCAACUAUUGUCAAAGGAAAUUCUAUAGCUCACAGGCACUCGGAGGACACCAAAAUGCCCAUAAAAGAGAGAGGACUCUAGCUAAACGAGGAAAGACAAGGACUCAUGAUAUACCAGGAGCUUUUGGGCACCCUUACUUGCACCACCAUUACUAUUCAAACAUGGCUUCUCUCCCUCUCCAUGGUGCAUAUGGUAGAUCUCUUGGGAUUCAAGUGCACUCAAUGAUCCAUAAGCCUUGUCACAUAUCUUCUCCUAAUGGGUUCGCAAAUAUUUAUGGACAUGGCAGCUGGUCUAGGCCCCCUAUUGACCAACAACCAGCCAUAGGAAAGCUGUCCACGGAUAACUUUCAUAUAAAUGCAACAACAGCACCAUCGCCGGCGACUUCACGUUCUGGUGUCGGCAGGUUCAACUUAGAGAAAAGUACUCUCGUGGGUUCUCCUGCCGACCAGGGAAUUGUUAAUUGUUGGCUAGCCACUAAUCAGGAUGAGUUGCAAACGCUUGACUUGUCCCUCAAGCUCUAGGUACUGCAAUUUAAUUUUCUUUUUCUUUCUUUUUUUUUUUUUUUUUUCUCUUUUCUUCUGAUUUGAUUUCUUAAUUAUUAGUAUAUUUCUCUGGGAAUUAUGAUAUGUACUUCUGAUUAUAUAAUGCUCAAAGAUUUGGUUUUAGGUAACGUUGAUUGGACUUGGAACCAAUAAAUUUUUUUUCUAUAUUAAUCAGGAUAUUGACCAAGUCUUUCAAGCUGUGAGAAUUUAAAUUCGAAUCUCAAUUAAGAUUAAAUAAAAAGUACAGGAGAAUUUGGAAGAAUUUCAAUUGAGAUUUGUCAAAAAGGGAUGAAGAUCUGAUUAAUUACACCACCAGCACAUGGCUAUAGUAGCAUGGGUUCAUCUUUGUCUGGAUAAAGAGAAAAUAUAGCAUACAAUGGCAACGAAGAACCAGAGAUAUCUUUUUA